AGGGCGGGCAGAUGGGGGGGGGGGGUCUCAGCUGGGGGCGUGCCCUGUUCAUGCGUGGCGCAAGAUGGCGCUCCCCUUUGCACGUUCGUUGUGUCUGUGCCGCCGGGGAGCCAAACGAUUGGGGGCUGCCGCCGCGGAAGCCCGCAGAGGCAUCAGUUUCAAAUUGGAAGAAAAGACAGCCCACAGCAGCCUGUUACUCUUCAAAGGUGACACAGGGGUCAAAUACGGCAUGGUGGGAUUGGAGCCCACAAAAUUAGCCCUUAAUGUGGAGCGCUUCCGGGAGUGGGCAGUUGUGCUGGCAGACACAGCUGUCACCAGUGGCAGGCAUUACUGGGAGGUGACAGUGAAGCGCUCUCAGCAGUUCCGGAUAGGAGUGGCAGAUGUGGACAUGUCUCGCGAUAGCUGCAUCGGUGUUGACGAUCGUUCCUGGGUGUUCACCUAUGCUCAGCGCAAGUGGCACACCAUGUUGGCCAACGAGAAAGCCCCAGUUGAGGGCAUGGGGCAGCCAGAGAAGGUGGGGCUGCUGCUGGAGUAUGAGGCCCAGAAGCUGAGCCUGGUGGAUGUGAGCCGGAUUGCUGUGGUCCACAUACUACAGACAGAUUUCCGGGGUCCAGUGGUGCCUGCCUUUGCCCUUUGGGAUGGAGAGCUGCUGACCCAUUCAGGGCUUCAGGUACCUGAAGGGCUCUAGUAUGUCCAUGACUGGAGUCCCUAAUCACUCUCUUGGCCUGCCUCCUGCUCCAAGUGUCUGAAACCUUUUAACUGUGCCCGAAGAAACUGCUGGCUCCCAAAAUUCA